AUGUCUGAGGACUGGGAUACUCAAACCAAGAUCGGCAGCCGCGUCCGUGGCCCCGGUGCUGGCCCUCGCGAGACGGUCGUCCGCGGCAAGUCCGCCCUCAACGCCGCGCAGCGAUCCGGCGCCGCCAUCAGCACUGAGAAGAAGUACUCUUCCGCCAACUCGACCGGCUCCGGCGAAGGCCAGCGCCUCACCAAGGUCGACCGCUCCGACGACAUCGUCAAGCCCAACACCAUCGGCAAGACCGUCGGCGACGUCAUCUCCCAGGCCCGCCAGAAGAUGGAGCCCAAGAUGACCCAGAAGGACCUCGCCACCAAGUGCAACACCACCCAGACCAUCGUCGCCGACUUUGAGCGCGGCACCGCCGCCCCCGACCAAAAGGUCCUUGCCAACAUGGAGCGCAUCCUCAACGUCAAGCUGCGCGGCAGCGACAUUGGCGCUCCCAAGUUUGCUAAGAAGAAAUAG